AUCUGACAUCAAUUAAAAAAACAAGAGAGAAGCCAAGAAGCCAAGCCAAAGACUCACAACUAGUACUUUACUCUUCUUCAUCUUCAUCUUCUUCGAUAUUGUCUCUCUCUCUGUCAUUUCAUCAAACACAAACGAUUCAAUUCAAUUCUACUACCAUGGCAAAUGUCUCGUCACCGAACCUAAGCCUCUUUACCAUUCUCUCCGAAUCAAAGCGCAUCCUCAACGCUCACUCUCGCCAUUUCCUCGCUCUCUGUGUCCUCUUCCUUCUCCCUCUCUCUUUCUCUCUCGUUGUCUACCCAACCCUUCUCAACCUCAUCACUCACCCACCUCCUGACAAUCCAAAAGUCCUCCUCCGCAGUUUCCUCGAUUUUCAUCCCCGAGAACAUGACCAACCCAUUUUCUCUGACACCCAGUUCCUCUCAAUCCUCUACUCUCUUUUCGUUUUCGCUUUCUCUAUCUUAGCCAUUGGUUCCAUCACUUUCAGUGUCUUCCAUGGCUUCUAUGGCCGACCCGUCAAGCUCAUCUCAACUAUCAAGUCCGUUUUCCUUUCAUUCUUGCCUCUUUUCGUCACGGUGGUCAUAACCCAGGUCGUGUUUUCUCUGAUUGUUGUUGCUUUUGGGGGGUUCUUGUUGUUGGUGACGAAAAAUUUUGAGCUUUACUCAAAUUACCUUGUGAUUUCUGGUGGGGUUUUGUUGGUUUUGGUCUUGGGGUAUUUGCAAGUGAAUUGGACUUUGGCGUGUGUGGUUGCGGUGGUGGAAUCAAGUUGGGGUUUUGAACCUUUGAGGAGGAGUGCAAGUUUGAUGAGAGGGAUGAGAAAGUUGGGGCUUUCUUUGUUUUUGUUUUUUGGGGUUUUUGGUGGGAUUUUAGUGUGGACUUGUGGUGCUGUUUCUGAAUUGGAUAUUGCAGACAGUGAUGGGUGGAAAAGUUGGGGUUAUGUUGUGCAGAUUGUUGUGACUUCAACUUUGCUUAUGCUUUUGUUGCUUUAUUAUGCUGCGGCAAACACUGUGCUGUAUAUGUAUUGCAAGGCUCUUCAUGGAGAGUUAGCUGUGGAGAUAGCUGAGGAGUUUGCAAGGGAGUAUGUUAGCUUGCCCUUUGAUGAUGGGAAAGUCCCUCAUGUUAUUUCAGUUGUCAUAGGUUGAUUUAGAAUGAGGUUAGUGAGGGUGUCUUUUCUCCUUGCUGCAGUUGUUUCUAGUUUAUGAAACUUUGUGUAUAUAUAGCAUCAAAGACAUGUGAAUAAUUGGGAAAAUUAUGAAACUUGUCAAUACCUUUCUCUAAAUUUGGUGUUAUUUGUUGGACAAAAGUGUAGUUCAAUUUUGUUUCCUAUUAUGGUGUGUUGCAUUUCUAUAGAAAAUUAAUGGCUUGAUUGUGUUUGAAGUGGGAUUUGAGUUGGGUCCCACUUUCUUUCCAU